AUGACUACCAGCUGUCAUACAGACAACGAGUUUCUCUCGCAACAAGGCCAAGAAUGGAUCUUCAGACCAUCAACUUCCCCUUCGCUAGAUACCUUGAAAUUACUUUGUUCCCAAAAAGCUACCAAAGAAGAUUACCCACUCGCAGAAGACAUCCAGUGCAACGUCCCUAUCUACAAUUUUGGCGAGUACUCAACCUUGACUGGAGACCAAAAGUCUGCCCUUCAAGAUGAAUGGUACAAGGUCCUUCUGUACGGGCCUGGUGUUUUUGUUACUACCAGCCUCUACCAAGAUCUGGACGUGAUCAAUAAAUCAACAUCGGCCUUCGGAGACAUCAUCAAGAAGGAGGGUGAGAGCGCAAAAACAGCUGGCGAUCAUUUUGCUAGUGCUGGCAAGAAUGAUCGAAUCUGGAACUCGUUCAGCAAGCAUGGCCUUCAAGAUCCCGAGUCUUUCUUCCGAUACUUCUCGAACCCUUACCUCGAUCUCAUUUUUGCUUCAUGGCUUGGUCCAGGAUAUCGCAUCACCACUCAAGUCAACAACGUUCGGCCUGGAGGACAGCCACAGGUUUCCCACCGCGACUAUCACCUAGGUUUUAUGUCCGCAGAGAGAUGUGGGAGAUAUCCUCGAGCCAUGCAAAUUGCCAGCCAGUGUUUGACCCUGCAAGGCGCUGUGGCACAUGUCGACAUGCCUCUCGAAAGUGGCCCAACAAGACUGUUACCCUUCAGCCAAGCCUUCGCCCCUGGAUAUAUGGCUUAUCGUCUUCCCGAGUUCAACAAAUUCUUUCUGGACAACUACAUUUCACUUCCGCUCAAGAAAGGCGAUGGCUUGUGGUUCAACCCAGCUUUAUUCCACGCAGCAGGAGAGAACAAAUCUGUAGAUAUCAAUCGGCUUGUCAACCUCUUUCAGAUAAGCAGUGCUUUCGGAAAGCCGAUGGAGACGAUUGAUGCGCUACCCUUGGUAGAGAGUACAUGGGAUGUUUUAUCUACUUCAUAUAAAGAAAAUGGCCUAAGCGAGGUCGAGAUGUUUAUCUCUGCCGUUGGAGAAGGGUAUCCCUUUCCGACUAAUCUGGACAAUAACCCACCGAGAAGCGAAAACAUGGCUCCCGAUUCGGAACAAGACGUUAUCAGAGAUGCAUUGGUGAAGGGGAGGACCAAAGCAGAGGUUUUGGCUGAUCUUGCAGAGUUUCGGACAAAGAUCAAAGCGUAG